AUGAGCGCCUACAACGUGUCGCUGCCCGGCCCCGGACCCUGGGGCUUCAGGCUGCAGGGGGGGAAAGACUUCAACAUGCCGCUGACCAUCUCCAGGAUCACUCCGGGCAGCAAGGCGGCGCAGGGAAACCUGAUGCAGGGUGAUGUCAUCGUCGCCAUCGAUGGCGUCAGCACCGACGGGAUGACUCACCUGGAGGCGCAGAACAAGAUCAAGAUGGCCAACUACAACCUGGCGCUCACCAUGUCCAAGUCGAAGCGUCCGUCGAUGAUGGCGACGCCGAGGAUCGACACUGCCAUUCCCACAAUCCCUCACCAGCAGCCUCAGGUGAACGGCCGCCUGUCAGCCUGCAGUGUCUCCUCCGGGCCUGCAGAGGCAGCAGCGAGCCCCACUCAGAAGAAGCAGUAUAACUCUCCCAUCGGCCUUUACUCAGAGGAGACUCUGAAGGAGAUGGCAGCGAUCCAGGCGGGCCGGCCGGCCGGUGCUGGUUUUAACCCCGGUGCCAUCGGCCAUCAGCCCAUCGAGGUGACGGGUCCUGGAGGAAAGGCGACCAUCAUCCACGCUCAGUACAACACUCCCAUCAGCAUGUAUUCUCAGGACGCCAUCAUGGACGCCAUCGCAGGACAGACGCAGGGCAAGGGGCCCGAGCCUGGUUCUCUCCCAGUUAAAGACGGGUUAGUAGACAGCGCCUCGGCCGUCUAUCAGGCCGUCCAGAGCGCAGAGAAGGACCUCGACCCGGCCGAGUGGGGCCGCCGCAGCGCCAACAUGCAGUCCAAGUCCUUCCAGGCGCUGGCUCACAUGACCGGGACCGACUCCUUAACAGAGGAGGAGAAAGAGGAGGUGCUGAGGAGGAGCAGCCUGAAGCGACAGUCUGCCGCUGGCUACGGCUUCCAGCGCAAAGCUACGGUCUCCAGCCAAUACAUUCAGCCUCCUGCCAUGCAUCAGGCUCCACAAGCCCCGCCCCCACAGCAUUACCAGCCAAUGCCGCAGCAGCCCCCCCCACAGCACUACCAGCAGCCCCCCCCACACCACUACCAGCAGCCCCCCACGCAGCACUACCAGCAGCCCCCCAUGCAGCAGGCGCCCCCCACCCAGCAGAGCUCCAUUCAGAUCCCCGUCGGCUCCGCCCCCCCUCCCAAGGUGGUCAGCACGGCCUGCAUCUACCCCUCCCAUCCGGCUCCAGCUCCAGCCCCCCCCCAGCCCCGCCCUGCAGCCGCCGCCCCCCCUGCCCCCCCCGCGGCCCCGGCUGCUGGCGACUCCUCCAACCGCCCCCCCUGGGUGACCGACACCAACUUCGCCGAUAAGUACGACCCCGGCAAGAUAACCUCCACCUCUAUAAAGAUGCAGCCGCUGCCCCAGGGCGCCCCCCCUCCUCCUGCAUACAUCCCCAACACCGCCGCCCCCCACCCAAACCCCGCCCACCCAAUGCACAACCCCUCCCACCCCACUCCCAGCCCCGCCCCCAUCACCCCCAGUCCUGCCCCGUUCCCUCCUGUAGCGAGGGGCGUGGCUCAGAGGGCGGAGAGGUUUGCAGCCGGCAGCCGUACCCCUCUGUGUGGAGCCUGCAACAACAUCAUCAGGGGCCCCUUCCUGGUGGCCCUGGGCCGCUCCUGGCACCCGGAGGAGUUUAACUGUCACUACUGUAACACGUCUCUGGCUGAGGUCAGCUUCGUGGAGGAACAGAACAGCGUUUACUGCGAGAACUGCUACGAGGAGUUCUUCGCCCCAACCUGCGCCCGCUGCAACACCAAGAUCAUGGGGGAAGUGAUGCACGCUCUGCGGCAGACGUGGCACACCACCUGCUUUGUGUGCGCGGCCUGCGGCAAAGCCUUCGGAAACAGCCUGUUCCACAUGGAGGACGGAGAGCCGUACUGUGAGAAAGAUUACAUCGCACUGUUCAGCACUAAGUGUCAUGGCUGCGACUUCCCAGUUGAAGCUGGUGAUAAAUUCAUCGAGGCUCUGGGUCACACCUGGCACGACACCUGCUUCGUCUGUGCGGUUUGCCAUGUGAACCUUGAGGGCCAACCUUUCUACUCAAAGAAAGACAAACCUCUGUGCAAGAAGCACGCUCACGCCAUCAACGUGUAG